CAAACACGGUCACACUGCCCAAAAGUCCAGCUGCGUCGUUGAAAAAUAUUUUCGAUGCCUCGUAGGUUGUUUUAUUUCAAAGGAAAUAGCAAUUAAUCUGGUUAAAAAAUAGAAAUUUCAAGAGCAGUUACCGAGCGGGUUGCACGAUGAACAUCUACAACAAGUUGCGGGCCAGGGAGCAUGGAUACGGCAAUGAGAGGACCUACGACUUCGCCCUGCGUCGCCUAUCCGUUGCCAAGGAGGACAGCUGGCGGGGCAUUGCGCCGGCCAACUACUGUCCGGACUUCAAUCCCGAACCACCAAUCUUCUCCGCCAAGUUCGCCAAUUGCGAUGGCUAUAGGCACAUCCUUGCGAUCGCCAACGAGGAUGGGAAGAUAACGCUACAGGACACCACGCAGCGGAAUCACGAGCCGGAGGAGCAGUCCCUGGUGGGGCCACAGUGCCACUACAAUGCGGUGUUCGAUCUCGAAUGGGCCCCCGGUCAAAUGCGCUUCGUCUCCGCCUCAGGAGAUCACACAGCCCGGCUGUGGGAGGUAGCAGGCUCCGGCAUUCGUGGACUGAACUCCUAUGUGGGUCACACGAGAUCCGUUAAAUCAGCUGCCUUUAAGCGCACCGAUCCGGCUGUUUUUGCUACCGGCGGACGGGAUGGUGCGAUUCUCAUAUGGGACAUCAGGGCCAACCUCAACAUGGACCUCACAUCCCGCGUGGACAACUGUAUCUACAGUGGCCAUACAGGUGGACCGGGCACUCCGGUCUCCCAGCGAAAGCAGCGCACUCGCACACCGAAAAUGGCUGGCGGAACCACAUCGAGCAGCAUUACUGGUUUGGCCUUUCAGGAUAACGAUACUUUGAUCUCCUGUGGCGCCGGCGAUGGAGUAAUUAAAGUGUGGGAUUUGCGACGGAACUACACGGCCUACAAAAAGGAGCCGCUGCCCAGGCACAAGCUGCCUUAUGCAGGUCACUCCACCUUCCGCGGGUUCACCAACUUGAUUGUGGACGCUUCGGGCACAAAACUGUAUGCCAAUUGUAUGGACAACACUAUUUAUUGCUACAAUUUGGCCUCCUACUCACCGCGACCGCUCGCUUGCUACAAGGGCCUGCUGAACUCAACGUUCUACAUCAAAUCGUGCCUUAGUCCAGAUGGAAAGUAUCUGCUGAGUGGAAGCAGUGAUGAGCGUGCCUAUAUCUGGAACCUAGAUCAUGCCGAGGAGCCCCUGGUGGCACUAGCAGGACACACCGUCGAAGUAACAUGCGUGGCCUGGGGCUCUAGUCACGACUGUCCCAUUGUCACCUGCAGCGAUGAUGCGCGUCACAAGAUCUGGCGGAUUGGACCCGAUCUCGAUGGUCUUAGUGAGGCGGAGCGGGCGGAAAAGUACCGGGGAACUGCCUCCUACGUCAGGGAAUUCGGCAAGAAAACAACGGGUCCACUUACCGGGAAUCACAAGUACAAUCUGCGAGAUCUGGAGUCCACGCCGAGGUCCCUAAAGCGGCUGAUGGAUCAAAACGAACGUACUCCUGGGUCUGUGGAAAAGACGAGCACCAAAAGGUCGUUCCUGGAAAUGUUGGGCGUGGCUGGUGGCGAGGCGGAAGGCACAGAUCAGCCUCAAAAACGAGCUAAACCGCUGGAGUCCCGUGGUCGACGGCUGUUCGGUCCUUCCAGUCAGGAAACAACAUGCCGGCACAUACAACUUCAGCCCAUCAAUGAAGAAGACGCCUCGCCCAGCAAAAGGCAAAAGGAAAACUCGGCUGCGGAAGAUGUUUCGCCACUGCCCAAGCUCCUUAGCACUCCAAGUCAUUCUCCUUUGAGCGAGAAUGUGAACCACAUGUACACCUCCCCGCCCACGACAUCAGCGGCAGCAGCAGCGGCCUCAGAAGCAGCUAACCCACCACCCAUUUCCUCCAUUAUCUAUUCACCCACCUCAAACCUGCCCAACUACGUACUGGAUGGCGAAGCACCCCACCUAGGCAUCAUGUCGCCCAAGCGAAAGGCCAAGGAGAAGGUUGACUGGCUGACGAACAUACGGAAACAGAAGCUCAUGAGCGGAAGGGCACAUGUUACGCUCACUGAUAAGAUCAGCGAGGAUCAACAGGCGGAUGUACUGGCAUCUCCGCGACUCCAGAGUUUGCGGCAAUCCGAGUGCAGUCCUCGACUGCAGGCCUCACCACGCCGGCGUAUUUCCCACGCGGAUGGCAGCGGUGGUACUCCAGCUGGCAGCUCCUCACAUUCCCACGCACAAUCUCAGCCAAAAACCCCAACAUCUAGUAGAAGAAACAGCGAGACGACGCUCCUGCGAUUCUUUAGCAUUCAGAGGAGCAGCAGUGUGCCAGCGGAGGAAAGCACAACCACGACAGCCGCGCCUUCGUCUCCAAAUCCCGCGACAGGAACUGCACCGGCUGCCACGCCUCUUAGCAUGCGUACGCCCACCACGGCGGUGGGCAGCGAUUGACGCAAAGCCGCGAGCUUUUUCUUACAUUCAAUGGGGAGGUCAGAGCACCAUUAUUGCACUUGUAGUUUUAACCGGACAUUGUUUAAGUUAUUUUAUGUAGAUCGUAGUUGGCUUCUAUCGCGGGACGAGUUGGUAACCAACUCCCCGCGCUUUGUACAGCGCCCAUACAAAAGACUAACGUACCCAAAUAAAAUUAAAUCAAUUUUCAAA